AGGAGAGUGGCCGUCAGAUCUGGGCUGACAACCACCAGGAUUUCUGGUCCCGUGCGGUGCAGCAAGGCGUUUGCACUUCAAUCCUAGAGAAUGGAAGUGGAAGGGGAGGAGCAAGGGGGGGGUGGCCAGAGGUCACCCCCACCUCGCCCCUCGGAAGUUAACUUCUGGACAAUGGAAGACAGAGCUAGACGCUCUAUUGGGCAGUGUUACGAUGAAGGAGUGGUCCAGAUGGUGGAGAAUGUAGGAGAGGUGGUAGAGGACGAGAGGGGCAAGAGGUUCAAUGUAAACGAAUCCUACGACGCAAUCAAAGAGAGGUGGUUAAAGGAGCGAACAGUUAUAUUCAUUUUUCAAGAUGAAGCAAGGGAUUUGUCGAGAAGUGUGAAGGAAGAUCUGAUAAGAGCACACGAAGACGGGUGGAUGUCGAGGAGGUUGUUCGACCCAAGUAUUAGGAGAGGUAGAGUUAAGUUUGAGGGUCCGAAUGUGAUCUCGUAUGUCGCCAAAGCAAUAGAGGUGGCAACUUGGUUGGUUCAAAAAGCAACGAUUAAGUUGGCGUUAAGAGGAAAAGAGUACUCUGUUUUGGUAAAACCGUGGAUGACUAAGCCGGAGUUGAAGGAGCUGAAGCUGAGGGAAGCGGAGACAAAUUUUUGGAUUGUGGCACUACGGGUUCCUCUGGAUGCUAUGUGCUACCUGCCGUCGGCUGCCGAAGGUCUGUUCGGGGGUGUAAAGAUGAUGCACCCUCUGGAAGUAGAUAGAGUGAAGCCGAAACUGAUGAACAUAAAGCUGGAUAUGGAUCCUUCGGCAAGAUUCAGGGUGGAAAACUCGCUGACUAUAGAGUCUCCGAAGGGGGAAUUGUGGACGCUGGAUUCACACUUGGCGGAAGCUCUGACACAGGCAGGCGUCAAGUGGCUUCGCCUAGAUGCGGUGAGGGAAGCAAACAGUCAUGAGUUGGAGGCCAUUUCCUUGACUCAGGAGGUAACUGCGCUACUUUUGCUGAGUGUGAACGAGAAGCUUCCAGAUAGCUUAAACCUGCGCUCUAAGUUCCUGUUGACCUCGCUGACAAAAAACUGGCGGUCCUCUUCUCAACAGAGUCACUCUGGAAGCGGCUCCAGGCAGAGUCCCAUGCAUCAGUCUCCUGUGGAAAGCGUUUGGAGAUGGGGAGACGACCAGAUUGAUUCUUGCAUCCAAUAUCAAGCGAUGGGAACAACUGUUGAUGGUUAAGCUCAAGAUAGGGACCUCGAACGUGA